AUGUCCGCAAUUGUUAUAUCUCGGUUCCCGAAAAAAAAAGAAUGGAAACUCUACAAGGAAUCCCAAAAAUUCUUCUGGGUGGCCGAUAUCAUUGAAAUUGGUGAUGUAGCAUCGGAUUUUGCUUCCGCAACAAAUGAACAUCGGAAUUUUUUCCUUAUAUCUGGAGCAAUUGACUGUGUGCAUUUCAGAUCAAUUUCUGUUGAUCUCAUGAAAGAUUUCAAGGAUUUGGAAGCAAUCUAUUGCCUAGGGUAUCAGAUGAUGGUGGAUAAAAACCAUCAUGCAUUUUAUGCUCGAAUACUUCAUGACACUGUACAACAGGUCCAAAGGUGGCUACUAUUCAAUAAAGUUGAGCAAUUUCCGUCCACCAGAGCCAAAACCACCUGGUCGACUCUCUUUUCAACCCCUGAGGAUUAUCGCAAGGAACUGAAGCUACAAUUUCAAUUUGCUUUCCACAUGUACACUAUCACAAUGCAAAAACCUGGUCGUAGGGCUAUCAGAAGUGUUGUUAAUAAGGCAAUUGAAAUUGAGCAAAAGUUUUGUGUUGAAUCAAAAUUAUGUGCAGUCACCUCCAUAAAAUUGUCAGAUAUGAUGUCAUUCAUAAAAUACUGUGGUGACUCGGUUUAUGAUGUUCUUCAAAUGGAAGAGCCGGAUGCACUUCCACCGGUCUUGAGAUGGGCUGAAAGUGUUGUGGUGUCCAAAAGGGAGAUUCAAGACCCCAUGGAAUGA